UUUUCAGAAAAACCAUCCCGCUAGCCUGCUGUGUUGGUCAUCUAAGACAGCAGAUGUAAAUUGAAGGAUAGCAUAUGGUAUAUAUAAGAGUUUUAAGAGGAAACAGUUAUAAACUUAAAUUUAGCUGCUAUUUUUUUUAUUUUAAAUAAGACUUUCUGUGAAUCAAAAUGGAAAUGGCAGCGGACACUGAAGAACUUACUACUGAUCACACUUUUUUGUUUACGUCGGAAUCGGUGGGUAUGGGUCAUCCAGAUAAAUUAUGCGACCAAGUUUCAGAUGCAAUUCUUGAUGCUCAUUUAUCACAAGACCCAGAUGCGAAAGUCGCCUGUGAAACCCUUGCAAAAACUGGUAUGGUUCUGGUAGCAGGGGAAAUUAGUUCAAACGCUGUUAUAGAUUAUCAACAGAUUGUCCGUGACACUGUUAAAGCGAUCGGAUAUGAUGACUCAUCAAAAGGUUUUGAUUACAAGACGAUGAAUGUUCUAGUUGCAGUUGAGCAGCAAGCCCAUGAGAUUGCAAAGGCUGUCCAUGUCGGCAUCGAAGAAGAAGAUAUAGGUGCUGGCGACCAAGGUCUUAUGUUCGGCUACGCUACAGACGAAACUAAGGAACUCAUGCCAUUGACCUGUGUGCUAGCUCAUAAACUUAACGAAAAAUUAGCAGAAAAUAGAAGAAACGGAACCAUGCCAUACUUAAGGCCUGACUCCAAAACUCAAGUCACUGUCGAAUAUGGUUUGGAACAUGGUGCAUGUAUUCCACGAAGAGUACACACCAUUGUGAUCUCUACGCAACAUUCUGAAGAUGUCACCAAUGAAAUAUUAAGAAAAGACUUGAAGGAAAAAGUUGUGAAAGCUGUUAUUGAAGAGAAGUAUUUAGACGACAAAACCAUCUAUCAUCUCCAACCUUCAGGAAGCUUUCUGAUUGGUGGACCAAUGGGCGAUUGUGGUUUAACGGGAAGAAAGAUCAUUGUGGAUACAUAUGGCGGUUGGGGUGCACAUGGUGGUGGUGCGUUCUCAGGAAAGGACUUCUCAAAGGUGGACAGAUCGGCUGCGUACGCCGCUCGGUGGGUAGCCAAGUCCCUUGUAGCAGCUGGCUUGGCACGAAGGUGUCUUAUACAAGUUUCAUAUGCCAUCGGUGUUGCCAAGCCGCUCUCUGUCUCGGUGCUUACUUACGGUACUGGCAAGAAAAGUGACAGUGAAAUUUUGGAGAUAGUCAAUAAGAACUUCGACCUCAGGCCGGGAGUUAUAGUGCGGGAGUUGGAUCUAAAGAAACCUAUAUACCAAAGCACCAGCACAUAUGGACACUUUAAACCCGGAUUCAGUUGGGAAGUUCCGAAGAAGCUAGUCAUGUAAAUAGGUUUCUGAUAAAAUUAUGUAAAUCGAAAGCACAUAUAUAUAUCAUAGACAUGUAUACAUAGGAAAUUGGAUUUUGAUAAUAAAUAUGUAGAUCACUGCAGGUCUAAACUAGCCUUUCUGUGGUUAAGGUCAUAAAGCUAGAUUCGCACUGCUUCAGUAUAAGACAAGAUGAUCCAUGUCGAUUAAUGUUUCAGACGCCACAAAACUUUUGAAUUUUUUCAUCACUUCUUUAAACAGAAUGGUGUAAGACACUAAAAUGGAAAAUUAGGUCCGUUCGCAGCUUAUUUUGUCUAAUUACUGCUGAAUUUUCAAGUUUUUUUUGUUGUUGUGACAGCGUACAUUAUAAGGAGAAUGAGUGGGGUGAUAUUUUUAUAUGUUGAUUCACGUGUAGUUAGUUCCUAAUCCUUCAAUUUUAAUGAAUUAUAUUUCGUAGGAA